GUUACACAGAUUAAACUUUUUGAUGACAUGUUUUUUAGUGAAUGGUUGGUUUAAGAAUUAUCGUAUAAAAAUUAGUUUUCGUAUGAAUUUUGAAAGAAGAAACUAAUUGUUUGGGAAGAAAUUUAAGAGAAAUAAAGUGUCAUUUGAAAAGAAAUAAAUUGAACAUUAAGAUGUAAAGACAUAUAUUUAAAAAAAAAAAAAAAUGACAUGUGGAGUUUUCCUGUUAUUUAAUAUCUCCGUAGUAUAGAUGUUUAGAUAAUAAUAUAGGAGUAACAUGUUUUUUGCUUACUCUAUGAAAUUGUGAUUACAUUGCCUAUUGGGUGAUAAAGUUACACUGCCUAUAUAAGAGAUUCUCAUUUCAUCCAAAAAAAACAAAACGAGAUUCUCACACAAAAAUCCAAAACUUAAGAAUUUUCUACACUCCAAUAAAAUCUUCACAAAUUCCGACGCUUUCUCUCUCUCUUCCCUAGGAAAAAUGGCGUUUCCCGGUGCAAUUUGCGACGCGUUGGUAGCUUUACCAUCAACUGCUUCUCAUCGUUCACUUGAAGUCAAGAAAAUGUCAGAAUUCAAAUAUUCAUUUCUUCCUAUUUCUGCAAAUUCUAACAAAGGCUGUAAUUUGUUUUACAAUGGAAAGAUUGCCACAGGACUGGACAAGAGCAAGUCAAGUGGAAUUUUGGUGAGAGCUUCCGAUCAUUCUGGAAAGAAUUCAGAACCUAUUGCUCCUCUUUCCUUGGAGUCUUAUGUUGGGAAACAGUUGACAGAGAUAUUGCAAGCAAACCCACAUCUCCUCCUUGCAGCUGUUGACCAGGAGCUUGUGAAGCUGCGAAAUGAGAGAGCUGACGUAUACAAAUCGAUUCCGCCAUUUUUAGCUGAAGAAGACCUGCACAGGAGACUAAUUGAAAGAAGUGAGAAGCAAAGGAGAAGAUAUUUAGUGGACAUAAUGUACUGCUUAAUCGUACACAGAUUUGUGGAAAAAAACAUCUCAAUGUUUUCAAAAAGAACCCCGACAAAUUCAGUUGGCAAUGUGGCAUUCUGGCCAUUGCAAGAUGACAAACUCAGAUCUGUACACUCUAAGGGAUUACAAGAUUUGAUAGUAGGCCACUUGUUCGCUGUGAUACAUGACCAACUUCAUGGUCCCACGUUGACUAAUAUUGAGAUCAGCAUUAUAGAACUUGGAUUGCUGUAUGCUGAUUCCAUGAUCUAUGGGUAUGUUCUUCGAAUGGCUGAACAGAGAUACCAACUUGAGAGAGCAUUGAAUACAAUUCCUGAGGACUUUAGUAAUUGGACCAGGUUUGAGAAUCCAUUUCCAGAAGGCUCUCCAUGGGAUUCAGAUUCACUCAUUCAAGUCGCAGCUGAUGAAGAUGUACAAAAGCCUAGUACGGUUAAUGGUGAGUCCUACUAUAACCUAAGGUCAUAUGUCGAGGACAUGGAUGGAGAAACUUUUCAGAGCUAUGCAACUUCAAUAUCAGAGGAAGCUAUGUCAUUGAUAGAAAAGCAGAUGCAAGUCUUGUUUGAUCUACCAGAUAUCAGGAUUGCCGACGUGGUAAAAAAAAGUUGCAGACAAAGAAUGAUGAAGUUGUUUCGGUUACUCUCCUUGGAUUGAGAUUGCUGAUUUUGGAAGCACUCGCAUUUGGUUCAUUUUUGUGGGAUGCAGAAUACUAUGUCAACGAGAAAUACUAUAAAGUUGAUAGCUGAGAAAUGUUGUAUGGUUCAUCAUAUAAAACUGCACAGAACUAACACAUAUUCUUUGAUUUCUUGUACAUUGAAGUUCGAGGAGUUACAACACUUGGGUACGAAGGAAUGAGGAUUCAACCUCAAGCAGAAUGUCUGAAUGUUGAGUGUUAAAUUUUCUGUAUAGGAAUGGAUUAAUUGUUCAUAUGAAGUUUGAAACUUAGAGUAAAAGUAGAAACCAGUUUAUAUAUUUCUGUAAAACUGCAGAGUGCCAUAUUGGUAUAUAGCAAGCACUCGUUAUUAGUUUGUUUGUACACAUUUUAUGCAUGAUUUUAUUUCUGAGUAAGUGAUUAGCUAAAAACUUAUUACAGGAA